UUUUUCAGCCACACAUUGUUCCGCGGACCUGAAGGUCAGAGUAUCAAGGUCGACUACUGCCGCACCCUCGAAGAGUCUGAGAGCGUUGCUAAAGAGUUCUUGGGCGAAAAAGUUGUGGGCUUCGACAUGGAAUGGAAGGCGCAAGACGCAUAUACUCUCAAGGAGAACGUCUCUCUUAUUCAAGUCGCUACUGGUGAUCGGGUCGCUCUGUUCCAUGUCGCCCGUCACAAGGGGAAUACUGUUCGAGACAUCAUAGCACCCUCGCUGAAAAAACUAAUUGAGUCACCCAAAAUCAUAAAGACCGGAGUGAUGGUUUGGCGUGCGGACGGUCUACGACUGAGAAAGUUUUUUCUCCUGAGGCCCCAAGGAUUUGUUGAAGCCAGCCAUCUACACAAUUUGGUUGAGGGCAAGCGAUUGCCCAAUGGCACGGUUAGAAAAGCUGCAGUAGCUCUUGCGGAGCUCACAGAGAUGCAUUUGGGAUGGCCUUUACACAAGGGCGAUGUUCGGACGAGCGACUGGACCAGGUCGCUGAACCAGUCGCAGAUAGAUUAUGCUGCUGCUGACGCCUAUGCGAGCUUCGUGCUUUAUCAGGUUCUGAACAACAAAAGGAUCGCAAUGGACCCGCCGGCACCG